UGCGAGAAUCGUAAAACUAUUGAGGAGAUUGUGCGGGGCAGGAGCAAAUUUGGAUUUGAAUGUCUUUGGAGUAGAUACGUGUCUGGUUAUGGAAGAGAAUUACGAGCCCUCCAACCCUACGUUCAAUUUUAGGGAUUGGGAACGGAUGACGGAGAGAUUUGAGUACAUCAAAAACAAAUGCUAUCAUAUAUUUGUAAUUGCAGGAAGAGGAAGGAGAGAGAGAGAGAGAGAGAGAGAGAGAAGAGAGAGGAGAGAGGAGAGAGGAGAGAGGAAGAGGAGAGAGGAGAGAAGGGAGAGAGAUUCAUUGCCAUUCUUAGUUACACACGUACCAUUAAAUUCAUUGCCAUUCUUAGUUCUUAAAUUCAUUCAAUGGAAGAUUAUUGAUAUCGCAAUAGCCUCAAGAUUCUCGCUUGUUCUCUCUCUAUCUCUCUCACAUUUGUUUUUUUUUUAUUUUUUAUCUGUCUUGUGUCCAAAACCCACCAAGAAAUCAAGGCUGCCCUUCUUUCUCUGCCAUGUUUAAGUACGUUUGUUGUCCCUGAACGGCGAACUCGUCUUCUGAUUUGCAGUUCAUGACUAUGGGAUAGGAUUUUUGGAAACAAUUUACUUGAAAUUCGAACCCCAGGGUGAGUUGAAUUUGCAUGGAAUGAUCGUUUUUUGGCGCUCUCAAGAAGGAUAAUAGGUUGGGAAGUUGCAGUUUCAACGAGCAUUCAUGGCAUCUUACCAACUCAUCAAAGAGUCAGACGAAGAUGAGACAUUGGAUUUGCAAAGGAAGGAUUAUACUCUGCACGUGGAGGGCUACAAUGUUGAUGUUGAGUCUGCUUUCCAGAAAAUGAAUCCAUCUUCUCCUUCGUUGCGAUCAGGGUCCGAUACUGGUGCUAAUGCCUCCUCCAGGAGCACUUCAGCCUCUGUUCGCCUUGUGUCCCUUGACGUUUUCCGUGGCCUUACUGUUGUGUUGAUGAUUCUUGUUGAUGAUGCUGGUGGGAUCCUACCAACUAUCAAUCACUCACCAUGGAAUGGCUUGACCCUGGCAGAUGUAGUUAUGCCAUUUUUCCUCUUCAUGGUUGGUGUGUCACUUGCUCUUGUAUACAAGAAUAUGUCUUCAAGAGCUGCUGCGUCAAAAAAAGCAAUUCUUCGGGCACUAAAGCUUUUAAUUCUCGGGGUUUUUCUCCAAGGUGGCUAUUUCCAUGGUAUUAACAAUCUAACAUAUGGCGUGGACAUCGAUCUCAUCAGGUGGAUGGGUAUAUUGCAGAGAAUUGCAGUAGCAUAUUUGGUGGCAGCAAUGUGUGAGAUUUGGCUUAGAAAUGAUGAAAAAGUUAGUUCUGGGUCAUCUCUUCUAAAGAAGUACCAAUGGCACUGGAUUCUGAUGUCCAUGCUCAGUACCAUGUAUCUGCUAUUGUUAUAUGGUCUGUAUGUUCCUGACUGGGAGUAUAAGAUUCCAAUUGGAGCACCUGCGGAGGCUAAGAUAUUCAUGGUGAAAUGUGGGGUGCAUGGUGACACUGGACCCGCAUGUAAUGCUGCUGGAAUGAUUGAUCGUAUGAUUUUGGGUGUUCAACACUUAUACCGGAGGCCAAUAUAUGCUCGAACAAAACAAUGCAGUAUCAACUCACCAGAUUAUGGCCCACUUCCUCCAAAUGCUCCUUCAUGGUGCCAAGCCCCCUAUGAUCCAGAAGGAAUUUUAAGUACAGUAAUGGCAAUUGUCACAUGCUUGAUAGGCUUACAAUUUGGGCACAUUAUUGUCCACUUUAAGGAUCACAGAAAUAGACUUUUGUUGUGGAUAGCACCAUCUUCAGCUUUUAUAGUCCUGGGUGUGCUAUGUGACGUCUUUGGCAUGCACAUCAACAAGGCACUGUACUCUUUCAGUUAUACAUGCGUUACUGGUGGUGUUGCAGGGCUUCUACUUGCUACAAUUUAUUUGGUGGUGGAUGUGUAUGGAUGCAGACGGUAUGCACUGGUACUUGAAUGGAUGGGUAUGAAUGCUUUGCUGAUAUAUAUUCUUGUAGCCUGUAAUAUCCUACCUCUUAUUCUACAAGGAUUUUAUUGGAGAGAUCCUCGUAACAACAUUCUAAGUUUGGUUGGAAUCGGGAAACAAACUCAAUGAUCGGUUGUUUACUUUGGGGAAUUUGGUCGAUGAGUUUAGGCUGGAUCGCUUGGAUAGGGUUCUUGAAUAGUAACAUGAUGGGCGGUCUGGAUUGUACUUCACCAAGACUGUAAGCCAUGGCAUCUCCAUGUGUUUUCGCUUGCGCGGACGAGCGCACAUGUCCACGCGUAAUUUCCUGGAUGCAAGCACGGAGCAGGUGGAGCAUUAACAGAUGUAGAAAUAGUUAUAAGACAUGAUCUUUAGGAAACUGGGAGUUUGCCUGCUGGUAAUUCCAUCCACUUGGUCUCCCAAUGUGAUUCAAGAUACAGUUGAAAACUUGAAAUACAACAAGAGUUAUUUAAUUUUA